CUGGAUACAAAUACAAGUUAAAAAAUUUCGCUUGCGCCGAUCGGUCACUUUGUCGGUGUGUCGGUUAUUUUUGUUGUUUGGAGGAAACAGGCCUCAAGUUGUUGAAUGCCACACAGCCAGGAACAGUAAAUGAAGGACGACGAAUAUGGUGAUUGUAACACGUGGUGACUACAUCUGGAUAGAGCCCGCAUCGGGCAGGGAAUUCGAUGUGGCCAUUGGAGCACGUGUCAUCUCCGCGGAGGGUCGUCGCAUUCAGGUGCGCGAUGAUGAUGGCGAUGAGGUCUGGCUGGCGCCAGAGCGUCGCAUCAAGGCCAUGCAUGCUUCGUCGGUGCAGGGUGUCGAGGAUAUGAUAUCCUUGGGUGAUCUGCAUGAGGCGGGCAUAUUGCGCAACUUGCUCAUACGCUAUAAGGAAAAUUUAAUAUAUACCUAUACUGGAUCCAUAUUGGUAGCAGUCAAUCCCUACCAGAUAUUGCCGAUCUAUACAGGUGAUCAGAUCAAGCUCUACAAGGAGCGCAAAAUUGGCGAAUUGCCGCCACAUAUAUUCGCCAUUGGCGACAACGCGUAUGCUCAUAUGAAACGAUAUCGUCAGGAUCAAUGCAUUGUCAUCUCUGGCGAGUCGGGCGCUGGCAAAACGGAGAGCACCAAACUGAUCUUGCAAUAUCUGGCGGCCAUUAGUGGCAAGCACUCGUGGAUCGAGCAGCAAAUACUUGAAGCGAAUCCCAUUUUGGAGGCCUUUGGCAAUGCCAAAACAAUACGCAACGAUAACUCAUCGCGCUUUGGCAAGUACAUUGAUAUACACUUAGUGCAGCGGGUAUCGCAAGGCGCCAAGAUGGCAGUAUCUGUGGAAAAGUCGGUAUGUUUCGAAAAUCAUAGCGAGGCAAUUCACAUAUUAAACUGCAUUUGGGCGGGUUCUGUCUGCAGAGAGCAGAAACGCCUCGACUUGGCGCUGCAUUGCUAUAAAUAUCUAACUGGCGGAAAUAGCAUAACAUGCGAGGGGCGCGACGAUACGGCCGAAUUUUCGGACAUACAUUCGGCUAUGAAGGUGCUGCUGUUCUCGGACCAAGAGAUCUGGGAGAUAAUACGUCUGCUGGCGGCGCUGCUGCAUUGCGGCAACAUCAAGUACAAGGCGACGGUGGUGGACAAUCUGGAUGCCACCGAAAUACCCGAGCACAUAAAUGUAGAGCGAGUGGCUGGACUGCUGGGACUGCCGAUGCAGCCGCUGAUUGAUGCGCUGACGCGACGCACACUCUUUGCCCACGGCGAGACGGUGGUGUCGACGCUGUCGCGUGAACAGUCCGUGGAUGUGCGGGAUGCGUUCGUCAAGGGCAUCUACGGACGCUUGUUUGUGCAUAUUGUGCGCAAGAUCAAUACGGCGAUCUUCAAGCCGCGCGCCACAUCGCGCAAUGCCAUUGGCGUGUUGGAUAUUUUCGGCUUCGAGAACUUUGAUCAGAACAGCUUUGAGCAGUUCUGCAUAAACUAUGCGAACGAGAAUCUGCAGCAGUUCUUUGUGCAGCACAUAUUCAAGCUGGAGCAGGAGGAGUAUAACCACGAGGCCAUCAAUUGGCAGCACAUAGAGUUCGUGGACAAUCAGGAUGCGCUGGACCUAAUAGCCAUCAAGCAGCUGAACAUCAUGGCGCUGAUCGAUGAGGAGGCGCGCUUUCCCAAGGGCACGGAUCACACGAUGCUGGCGAAGCUGCAUAAGACGCAUGGCGCGCAUAAGAAUUAUCUGAAACCCAAAUCGGAUAUCAAUACCAGCUUCGGCUUGAAUCAUUUUGCUGGCGUGGUGUUCUAUGAUACGCGUGGCUUUCUCGAUAAGAACCGCGACACUUUCAGUCCCGACCUGCUGCACUUGGUCAGCCAAAGUGGCAACAAGUUCCUGCGUCAAAUAUUUGCGCAGGACAUCGAAAUGGGCGCAGAGACGCGCAAGCGCACGCCGACACUAAGCACGCAGUUCCGCAAGAGUUUGGAUGCGCUGAUGAAGACCUUGAGCAACUGUCAGCCCUUCUUCAUACGUUGCAUCAAGCCCAACGAGCUGAAGAAGCCCAUGAUGUUCGAUCGUGGCCUCUGCUGUCGCCAGCUGCGCUACUCGGGCAUGAUGGAGACCAUACGCAUUCGACGCGCCGGCUAUCCCAUCCGCCAUGGCUUUCGGGAGUUUGUGGAGCGCUAUCGCUUUCUUAUAGCCGGCGUGCCGCCAGCGCAUCGCACCGACUGCCAGGCGGCCACCGCACGCAUCUGCGCCAGCGUCUUGGGCAAGUCGGACUACCAGCUGGGACAUACCAAGGUGUUUCUCAAGGAUGCGCACGAUCUGUACUUGGAGCAGGAGCGAGAUCGCGUGCUCACGCGCAAGAUUUUGAUACUGCAGCGCAGCAUACGCGGCUGGGUGUACAGACGCCGCUACCUGCGCCUACGCGCCGCCGCCAUAAGCGUGCAGCGCUUCUGGAAAGGCUACGCGCAGCGGCAGCGCUAUCGCCAAAUGCGCGUGGGCUACAUGCGGCUGCAGGCGUUGAUACGCUCGCGCGUGCUGUCGCAUCGCUUUAGGCACCUGCGUGGACACAUUGUGGGGCUGCAGGCGCAUGCGCGCGGCUAUUUGGUGCGACGCGAGUAUGGACACAAGAUGUGGGCAGUUAUCAAGAUACAGUCGCAUGUGCGCCGCAUGAUUGCGCUGCGCCGUUAUCGCAAGCUGCGCUUGGAGCAUGCGCAGUUUGCCGAGGUGCUGCAGCUGCGCAAGCUCGAGGAGCAGCAGCUGCUGCAGCGCGGGCACAAGCAUGCGCGUGAAAUUGCCGAGCAGCACUAUCGCGAUAGACUGGUGGAGCUGGAGCGGCGCGAGCUGCAGGAACAGCUGGAGGAUCGUCGACGUGUGGAGGUCAAAAUGAACAUUAUCAACGAUGCUGCGCGCAAGCAGGAGGAGCCUGUGGAUGACGGCAAGCUGGUGGAAGCCAUGUUUGACUUUUUGCCCGACUCCAGCAGCGAUGCGCCCACGCCGCAUGCGGCGCGUGAAACUUCAGUGUUCAAUGAUUUGCCACAUGCUGGCCAGCAGCAGCUGAACCAGGAGGAACUGCUUACACCUAUGCACAUCUCUGAGGAUGAGGAGGAUUUGUCCGAGUACAAGUUCCAAAAGUUUGCGGCCACCUACUUUCAAGGCAAUGUAAAUCAGUAUGCCAAGAAGGCCUUGAAGCAUCCGCUGCUGCCGCUGCACACCCAAGGCGAUCAGCUGGCGGCACAGGCUCUAUGGAUUACCAUACUGCGUUUUACAGGCGAUAUGCCAGAGCCCAAGUAUCAUACUAUGGAUCGCAUGGACACGACGUCGGUGAUGUCCAAGGUGACGGCUACGCUGGGACGCAAUUUUAUACGCAGCAAGGAGUUUCAGGAGGCGCAGCUCAUGGGCUUGGAUCCGGAAGCAUUUCUCAAGCAAAAGCCACGCUCCAUACGCCACAAGCUGGUGUCGCUAACGCUCAAGCGCAAGAAUAAGUUGGGCGAGGAUGUGCGUCGACGUCUGCAGGACGAUGAGUACACUGCGGACAGCUAUCAGUCCUGGCUGCAGUCACGUCCCACCUCCAAUCUGGAGAAACUGCAUUUUAUCAUAGGCCAUGGCAUCCUGCGCGCAGAGCUGCGUGAUGAAAUCUACUGUCAAAUCUGUAAGCAGCUGACCAAUAAUCCCUUGAAGAGCUCCCACGCGCGUGGCUGGAUUCUAUUGUCCUUGUGCGUCGGCUGCUUUGCGCCUUCGGAGAAGUUUGUCAAUUAUCUGCGCGCCUUCAUACGCGAAGGUCCGCCCGGCUAUGCGCCGUACUGUGAGGAGCGUCUCAAGCGCACCUUUAACAACGGCACACGCAACCAGCCGCCCAGCUGGCUGGAGCUGCAGGCUACCAAAUCCAAGAAGCCCAUAAUGCUGCCCAUUACCUUCAUGGAUGGCAAUACCAAGACGCUGCUGGCUGACUCUGCCACGACAGCGCGUGAGCUUUGCAAUCAGCUGUCGGAGAAGAUUACGCUCAAGGAUCAGUUUGGCUUCUCGCUGUAUAUAGCGCUGUUCGACAAGGUCAGCUCGCUGGGCAGUGGUGGCGAUCACGUCAUGGACGCCAUAUCGCAGUGCGAGCAAUAUGCCAAGGAGCAGGGUGCGCAGGAGCGGAAUGCGCCUUGGCGCUUAUUCUUUCGCAAGGAGAUAUUCGCGCCCUGGCAUGAGCCCACACACGAUCAGGUGGCUACCAAUUUGAUCUAUCAGCAAGUGGUGCGUGGUGUUAAGUUCGGUGAGUAUCGUUGCGACAAGGAAGAGGAUCUGGCCAUGAUUGCUGCUCAGCAGUAUUUCAUUGAAUAUGGCGCUGACAUGUCCAUGGAGCGUCUGUUUACGCUGCUGCCCAAUUUCAUACCCGACUUUUGUCUGAGCGGCGUUGACAAGGCCAUUGAACGUUGGGCUGCUUUGGUGCUCCAAGCCUAUAAGAAGUCCUACUAUGUCAAGGAUAAAAUAGCGCCGCUCAAGAUCAAAGAGGACAUCGUCAGUUAUGCAAAGUACAAGUGGCCGUUGCUCUUCUCACGCUUCUACGAAGCCUAUCGCAAUUCGGGCCCCAAUCUGCCCAAGAACGAUGUCAUCAUUGCCGUCAACUGGACGGGCGUCUAUGUCGUUGACGAUCAGGAGCAGGUGCUGCUCGAGCUUAGCUUUCCCGAAAUCACUGCCGUUUCCAGUCAAAAGACCAACAAGGUCUUUACACAGACUUUUAGCUUGUCCACAGUGCGCGGCGAGGAGUUUACAUUCCAGAGUCCCAAUGCUGAGGACAUACGCGAUCUAGUAGUGUACUUCUUAGACGGACUUAAAAAGCGCUCGAAAUAUGUGAUUGCGCUUCAGGAUUAUCGCGCGCCCUCUGAUGGGAGCAGCUUUCUGUCGUUCUUCAAGGGAGAUCUGAUCAUACUGGAGGACGAGUCAUGUGGCGAGUCCGUGCUUAACAAUGGCUGGUGCAUUGGACGCUGCGAUCGCUCGCAGGAGCGUGGCGAUUUUCCCGCCGAGACGGUCUAUGUGCUGCCAACGUUGAGCAAGCCGCCGCAGGAUAUAUUGGCGCUGUUUAACAUUGAGGAGGCAGCGCAUCAUGGACGUAGGCUGAGCAUGGCGUCCAAUGGCGUGGGUGCAGUGGAGGCGCGUGGCGAUAGACCGCACACACUGAUGGAGUAUGCCUUGGAUCACUUCAGGCUGCCGCCCAAGCGAACCAUGUCCAAGACACUGACGCUCAGCUCGAAGCGCAACGACGAGCUGUGGCGUUAUUCGCGUGAUCCCAUCAAGGCGCCACUGCUGCGCAAGCUGCAGAGCAAGGAGGAACUGGUGGAGGAGGCGUGCUUUGCGUUUGCUGCCAUACUCAAAUAUAUGGGCGACUUGCCAUCGAAGCGACCGCGCAUGGGCAACGAGAUCACCGAUCACAUCUUCGACGGGCCGCUCAAGCACGAAAUACUGCGCGAUGAAAUUUAUUGCCAGCUGAUGAAGCAGCUCACCGACAAUCGCAAUCGCAUGUCUGAGGAGCGCGGCUGGGAGCUAAUGUGGUUGGCUACUGGACUGUUUGCCUGCUCGCAGUCGCUGCUCAAGGAGCUGCUGCUGUUCUUGCGCACACGUCGUCAUCCCAUUUCGCAGGAUUCGAUGCAUCGCCUGCAGAAAACCAUGCGGCAUGGUCAACGCAAAUAUCCGCCCCAUCAGGUGGAGGUCGAGGCCAUACAGCACAAGACCACGCAAAUCUUUCACAAGGUCUAUUUCCCAGAUGACACCGAUGAGGCCUUUGAGGUGGACUCCUCCACGCGCGCCAAGGACUUUUGCAACAACAUCUCUCAGCGCUUGUCGCUGCGCACCAGCGAAGGCUUCUCGUUGUUUGUCAAAAUUGCCGACAAGGUCAUCUCGGUGCCGGAGGGUGAUUUCUUUUUUGAUUUUGUACGCCAUCUAACAGAUUGGAUUAAGAAGGCGCGUCCCAUACGCGACGGCGCCAAUCCACAGUUCACCUAUCAGGUCUUCUUCAUGAAGAAACUAUGGACUAACACUGUGCCAGGCAAGGAUCGCAAUGCCGAUCUCAUCUUUCAUUAUCACCAAGAACUACCCAAACUGUUGCGCGGCUAUCACAAAUGUUCGCGCGAAGAGGCCUCCAAGCUGGCUGCGCUAGUAUUCCGCGUGCGCUUUGGAGAUAACAAGCAGGAGCUGCAGGCUAUACCACAAAUGCUGCGUGAGCUGAUACCGUCCGAUAUUAUGAAAAUGCAAAGCACUAGCGAAUGGAAGCGUUCCAUUGUGGCGUCAUACAACCAGGACGGCGGCAUGAGCUCUGAGGAUGCUAAGGUCGCAUUCCUAAAGAUUGUCUAUAGAUGGCCCACAUUUGGUUCUGCCUUCUUUGAGGUCAAGCAAACCACAGAGCCCAACUAUCCAGAAAUGCUGCUCAUUGCCAUUAACAAGCACGGCGUGAGUCUUAUACAUCCAGUAACCAAGGAUAUUUUGGUAACGCAUCCUUUUACGCGCAUCUCGAACUGGUCAUCGGGCAAUACGUAUUUCCAUAUGACAAUUGGCAACUUGGUGCGAGGCUCGAAGCUGCUAUGCGAAACAUCAUUGGGCUACAAAAUGGAUGAUCUGUUGACUUCAUACAUAUCACUAAUGUUGACCAAUAUGAACAAGAAUCGAACAUUGCGAGCAAACUAGUAACGUUUUACUAGAAACACACACACACACACACACACACACACACACUAGCAUUUAAGCUAUUUACAUACAUAUACUAUUUAUAUUGAUUAUAAAUAUUAACAUCAAUUGUCUAGACGUUUAGUAUUUAUAGCUAAUUGAAGUAACUGAAGUGCACCCUUUCACACAUUUGUAAUGUCUCUUGGUUGCUCAACUCUUUACAUUCUUUUUUGUAUAAAUUCGCUCUAUUGCAAACAAAGCUCUACAAAUAUACUAUGUAUUUAGACUUCUUAUUCAUUUAUUAAACAAUUUGCCUUACUAUCUGUAUAUCUCAAUCAUAUUUAUAUGCGCUCUGUACGGACAACAAUUUGUAUCAAAUACAUAGCAAUGUUAAAUUAUUUAAUAAAUUAUACAU